UUGAUAUUGAUUUCCAAAUCAUCUUAAAAUUUUAUCUCAUAUCACUCACCACUCACAUCAAUCAUCAAUUCGUUUCCACUGAGCAUGAAUCCUGACGAAUCCAGACCAAUAAUUAAAGAAAUUCUCUAUGCAGGUGCUAAAAAAAUUGCUUUUAGAGAAGGGACUAAAGUGCAUUUUCAUUUCCAAACGAGAAUUUUGAAUAAUGAUAACACAUUAUUAGAUGACUCAAAAAAGUUGGGUCAGGGUAAACCCGUAGAACUAUUGAUAGGCAAAAAAUUCAAAUUAGAAGUAUGGGAGUCUAUUUUGAGAGGUAUGGCAUUGAAUGAAGUGAGCCGGUUUAGAGUUCAUAAAUCUUUAGUGCUCGAGUACCCCUUUGUGUCUAAAGUUCUCAGGGAUUCACACAAGCCUAAAGAGGAAAGAUCUAAUACUCACUGUUGUGCGAUGACACUUCAAACUGAAGGAAUUGGAUACAAUGAUCUCAAUAAUUUAAUCAAACAACCAGAAAAUUUAGAAUUCAUUAUGGAAAUAGUUGAAGUAGAGCAACCUGAACAAUAUGAGAAAGAAACCUGGCAGUUAACAGAGAAUGAACUUCUGGAGCUUGUUCCAAAGCUUAAAGAACAGGGCAAUGAUCACUAUAAAUUGAAAAAAUUCAAAGAAGCCUCAGAACUAUAUGCUAAGGCCAUUGGAGUUCUAGAACAGUUGAUGGUUAAGGAGAAGCCUCAUGAUGAUGACUGGAAUAAAUUAAAUGAACAAAAAAUGCUACUAUUAUUGAACUAUUCUCAAUGCCUCUUGAAUAUUGGCGAUUAUUAUGGUACUAUUGAGCAUUGUACCACUGUAUUGAAUUGUAAGAAAGAUAAUGUAAAAGCACUUUAUAGACGAGGAAAAGCUCAUGUUGGUGCAUGGAACCCAGAGAAAGCAAAAAGUGAUUUCUUAAAAGUUAUUGAAUUGGAUCCAUCUAUGGAAACUGUAGUUAAGAAGGAAUUGGCCAACUUGGAACAUUUGAUGAAAGGGAAGAAUUUGGCUGAUAAAGAGAAGAUGAAAAAGUUAUUCAUGUAAACUUGUAUAAAUGUAUAAUUUUUGUAUAUAUGCAGAUGUAUAAUUGUACAGAACACUUUACAAAAUAAAUUGAAACAUAAGUUUCAA